AUGCCACCAAAGAAAGCUCAGAAGCUUACACCCUUCAGCGUCUAUAUCAGAUGGCGGCCUCUCCCAGAAGAACCAGGAUCCACUGAAAUCAAAAAGACCCAAAGCUCUGCAAGUGACGGCCAUUCCGUUUCUUUAUCCCUCCCUGAUGCUAGCGGCCCAAGUUCUAGUCGAGGCGCCCGCUCUUGGACCAGCGCUCCCUCCUUUACGAAAGUCUUUGAGGCAGACAACAACAAUCGGGGUGUCUACGAGGAUGUAGUUUCCCAAACAUUUCCCAAGAUUAUGGCUGGCAAAACUUGCAAUUUCUUUGCAUACGGCCAUACGGGUAGCGGGAAAACACAUACUAUUGUUGGUUACGACCACGAAGAUCCCCAACAGGUGGGGUUGUGUCUUUCCGCUGCGAAGGAGCUUUUCCAAAAGAUUGAUGAAUUGAAUGGAUCAACUGAAUCCAACGACAAUGAUCAGAAACUCGCUGUGGGACUUCGUAUGUACGAGGUUCGAAAAAAGAGCGCCUUCGAUCUUUUGAACGGGCACACGGAAUGUUUCGUCCGUGAAGGACCAGACGGGAAAAUACACGUUCGUGGUGAAACAGAGACUCUGGAAGACGGAAAGGUCAGGGUGAAGCCGAUUCGAGUGGUUCCAUGCUGGACGUUUGAGGAGCUUCGAACUGUAUUGGAGAAGGGUUUGGAUCUCCGAGCAACUGGAACUUCGACGGUCCACGACAAGAGUUCUAGAACUCAUGCUGUCUUCGAAUUGGAGAUUGUUAAUCAAGCUCUCGUGGAGGCUAGAGACGCUGUAAUUGAACGGCAAGCAGAACUCGUCCCGCACGGGAAAUUUGCGACAGAUGUAUACAUCGACGAAAAUUCUAAAAAGUACAUCCAAGGUUCAGACGGCAAAUAUAUAACGAACCCCGACUACACAGUCAACCAAGAGCGUAUCGACGCCGCAGAAGCAACAAAACGAGAGUAUGAAGAGCGCGUGGAACUUGCCGAAGCAAAGGUGCAAGAAACCUUUACAACCAGUCAGCAUCCAUGCCUUGGAGGGAAAUUUGUGUUUGUCGACCUGGCAGGAUCCGAGUACUAUGACCAAAAAUCAUCGGCUUCAGCUGCAGGCUCCAAACAGACAGCUGAGGAAAAACAGGAAGGACGACAAAUCAACUCGGAUUUGUUCGCCCUAAAGGAAGUUAUACGUGCAAGAUCUUCAAAUCAAACCAGGAUUCCAUUCAGGUCAUCACCUUUAACCAUGGUACUCAGGGAACAUUUCCUAGGUAGUGAGAGUGGGUUCUCUGCCAUGAUUUUAACCGUGUCGCCGGCCGCCGACCAGUAUGCCGCAACGAUGAAUACAGUAAAGUAUGGAAACCUAGUCGCUAUGGCGGGAGGGCCCUAA